AUGUACAAGUCCACUGCCAUCCUCGCCCUCGUCGCUGGUGUCGUCCAGGCCCAGUCUCUCCCUGACAUCCCCUCGUGCGCCAUCCAGUGCCUGAGCACCGCCGCCCCCGACGCCGGCUGCAGUGGCAUCACCGACUUCGAGUGCCUCUGCGGCUCUAUCGAGGAGAUCAUGCAGUCGUCCAGCGACUGCUUCACCAGCGAGUGCGACUCCUCGGAGCUCGAGAGCGCCCAGUCCGCGGCCUCCGAGUUCUGCGCCAACCUGGUCGGCACCACGCCCGGGUCCAUGACCAUGCCCAUGACCUCGACCGUCGCCGAGACCACCGUCACCAACCCCGUGACCGUCACCACGCCCACCACGCCCAUGAUGUCGGACAUGACUGAGACCGACAUCAUGGUCACCACCGAGACCGACUCGGACGGCAACCCCACAGCCACCCGCACGGAGGAGUCCGACGCCACCGGGACCGACGACGAGGGCAACAACGACAGCGGUGUUGGCAAGCCUGUUGCUGGCCUCGUCGCUGCUGGCCUUGCCGUCCUCGCUGCCUUGUAA